GAUCUAAAGAAUUAUAUUCAACUGUUACAAUGAUUAACAUUGACGACGUGGAAUAUAAAAAAAUUGGUAUUGCUUUUACUUUCGUGGACAAACCAACCGAUGUUCAUAUCAUGCUAUCUCCUUUAUUGGGGUUCAAAGGAAAGGAUAUUGACAUUACAUUGUCAAAUGACUCAAAUACUAAUAUUGUAAAGAUAAUGGGAAUUAAUCGAACGAACCUUACCUACUUCGUUUUCGAAAAAGAAAUAAAUUGCAUAUAUAAUAAUAUUAAAGUUGAGGUUACACAAAAUGAUUUUGAUGAAGAAGCAGGUAAGCUUUAUGUAAAGCUAUCAAAAAACAGAAUCCCCAGUAUUAAUCCACCAAGAAAAGAUGAAGAAGUACGAGACCAGCAAAACUCAUCAUCAAGCAGCGGUAGAAAAGAUCAUCACAAAGCAAAAAGAGGAAAUGACGAAAGCGGUCCAAAGAAGCGGAUAAUGUUCAAGGAGACUACUCUUGUUGUUAUAGCCAAAUUUUCUUCACUCUUAAAAUGUAUCGGUCUCUCACUGAGAAACUUGUUACACUGUAAUGCACACUGAUCGAAGAUUGAAAUAAAUAAAUGUUAAUAAUAUACUCCCUCUAUCCCCAAGGCUGUCCGCAAUGCAUAGGGGUAGAAACCCAAAUUUGAGCUUUUCAC